AUGAAGCAAAGCUCAUUGGUAUCUGACCUCGCUCUUUACGAUGUCAGAGGUGCUCCCGGUGUUGCCGCAAAAGCCCUCGAUGGCGCUGGAAUUGUUUUGAUCCCAGCUGGUGUACCAAGGAAACCAGGAAUGACCCAAGAUGACCUCUUCAACGUUAGUAUAUCACUUGAAUACGUUUUUGACCACUCGGUGAUAAACCUCUGA